AUGAUACCAUCAGCUCCACCAUUACCCGAUCGUUUGUCGAAGUUUUACUCUAAAAAUUCUCAAGUGACACCGUGUCGAAUUUAUAAAAAAGGUGAUCCCGAAUAUGGUCGACCGCCAAAAGGUAGUCGAACUGAACAACGAGGUUUAGCUGCUCAAGCUCAUAUUCAACAAGAAGUUAAAUAUUUAUGUGAAACUAUCAAAAGUCUAGGAAAAAAACUAGAUGAUUCAUCAACAUCAACUUAUGAAAUAACAUUUAAACAAUUAUUCGAUUUCUAUACAAAUAUUUCAAAUAAACUCGUUGGUAUACUUCUUCGAGCACGAAAACAUGGUUAUAUUCAUUUUUCCGAUGAAUAUGAAGUAUUAUUUCAAGGCAAACAUGAUCAUGUUAAAAUUACUCUUCUUCGUAUGCCAUCAGAUUAG